CACAUAAAUAGAAUUAUCUAUACUAUAUUAAAAGGGGCUGAGGGAGGCUUUUUAGAGUGUCCACGUCGGACAGGAAAAUAGUCCAAUCAGAACAUUUCGUUUUGCCACAUCACCAUGUACUUUUUUUGGUUUAUGAUUGUACGUAUGGGCUCUCUCUAAUAGUCAAGGUAGACUUCUGUAUGGCCUCUCUCUAAAAAAAAUAUUGGCCCACCCAGCUCCUACUUCUUAGUCUUCAAGCUUCGGAAGUCUCUCUCCCGACGAUUUCACUUCAUCUUCUCCAAUCCCUAAUUUUUUUUUUUGCCGUUAUCUUAUCAUCAAUGACUAUGUUAAAGCGAUUCUUCAAUGUUCUGUUCUAUCUCUCCUUCAUACUUCUCCUAUAUAAAGCUCUCUUUCUAAACCUAGAUCCAUCCUAAAUCGAAAAAAUUUAAUCUGCAGAAACGAUAUCCAUGGCAAUGAAAUCCACCACGAAGUCUCAGCUAGCCACCGGCAAAUCUUCCGUCGCCAUGUACUUCAACGACAUCUCGCCGGGACUUUCUGAGUCACAGCUUCGAUUCCGAUUGAUCCAUUUUUGGGAGGCAAAGAACAUCGCCAAAGGUGGGACUUUAAUUGGAAUAGAACUUCUACUCAUCGAUGAACAGGGGACUGUGAUGCAAGGUUUCAUAUCCUCUUAUCGUGCUCCAACAUACCGGCGUCAUCUUAAAGCAGGAGCAACUUACACCCUCCAGAAUUUUUACGCUGCCACAAGCAAGGAAAUUUAUCGCGUUGCUGAUCAGAGUUUAACAGUUUCGUUCUCCAACGGCUCUGUUCUCUCUCCCCUUGACGACAUCCCUGUCUCUGUCUCUUUUCCCCCAGACAGGUUCAGGUUCCAUACACAUGAGGAUUUCCAAGCUAACCGUGGACUCAGGGGUGACCUCUACGAUGUCGUCGGCCACUUGAGGCUGGUGAAUGGACAGUCCCUCAGUGACCGCCCCAUCCUUGACGAGUCCGAAAUGAUCAGCAUGCGUCAUAUUUUGGUGCAUUUGCAGACAAAAGAUGGACCAGUUAUGAAGCUCUACCUUUGGGACCAAGCUGCAAAAGACUUUUACAAGAAAUUCACAUCCAGUGAAGACACUCCCACCGUUCUUUUGGUCACAACUGUGAACCCAAAAACUGUAGCAGGGUUGAGACAAUGACAAUUGGGCAGAUCUUUGCUUACAUCAAGCAGGAAUAUGCCAAGGAAGCUUCUUUCAACUGCAUAGCCACAAUUGGUGAUGUUAAGCAUGACAGUCCAUGGUACUAUAUUUCUUGCGGUGGUUGUCACACUAAGGCCACCCGAGGUCCUUCUUCGUUGAUGUGCGCCAAGUGUGGCAACACUAACGUUUCUGGUGAAGCAAAGUAUCGUGCAGAGAUCUCUGUCUAUGACAGUAAUGACCAGGCUGUUUUCGUCCUACUUGGUGAUGCAGGAAGUGAGUUGACAGGGAAGCAAGCAGCAGAAUUGGUUGCCAACUACUUUGAG